UUUUCCAAUUGGCGGUGUUCCCGACUGAGGCUCUGUUGGGGUUUUGGCUUUCAGCGAGGCAUGAAACAUCCUUGAAGAUUCUUGAUGAAGAGUGACGCAGAACUAUGCAGUUCCAGGGCUUCGUGGGCAACAAAAACAACCCGCCCAACAAAUUGUUGACUAUCGAAUACGAGGGUUAAAUUGCGUCGACUUUCAGCUGAAACCAAACACUAAAGGGGCGGGAAGCAGUGCCAAAGUUGAUCGUGAAAGCGUGAUUUUCGCUUUGCGGUUCUCCUCACCUGUUCUCCUCACCAUAAAAUAGUUUUAGCCCUCGAAUAUUAGGGUGUUCGAGCAAGCAUGGAUGAAUAGCGGGAAUCCUGGCCGGCGCCGUCAUGAAAAUACAAGAAGUUAAAGCCAGAGGCGUUAAUCGCAUAGGGAUGGAACUAACCACUAGCUGCCCAGAGCGCAGUUGCGUGGAAGUCAAAGUUUUCCAAUCGCUGGUCAGUCAGAAUGGAGAUGCUGAAGUGUGAUCGGCUUCAAGAAAAGCAUGAAGAGUAAAUUCAUCGUAUCAGAUCAUUCCCAUGCUCCAGAAUUUGGUUUCAGGUGCAGAAAAAAAAGAUCACUACAAAAAAACGAGCUAGCAGACUGAAGAUUUUCUCUGUCUGGAAUACCCUCAUCCUUCACACACCACCUUGAUAGAGAAUUCGUGGGUACAGUCGCAUCGAAACUGCUGGCUUUUAGCCAGAAGUCAAGCAUUUUUCUUCCACUUGCUGAUCGCUGGUGGGUAACUUGUGAAGAUCCUUGACAGGCUGAACAUUGGGGCCUGAAGUUUGAACUAAUGAGUUUCGCGCUAGAAACUUCAUGAUUUCAUUGUUUCCUGGAAGGGAAAAUUUCCCAUUUACCAGAAAAGUGUGGUACCGUGGACACCCUGCAGAUGCCAUGCUGAUGCAUGUUGUGUGGUUGUACAGUGCUUAGGCCGAAACACAGCAAGCGUGGGCUUCCAAGGGUUUGGGACCCAAAUAUAGUGCAGAGCCGCAUCUUAAACCUGCAGACAGCCAAACGGCCCAAAUGGCCAUCACAAUCACUCCGACGAGAUGCCUUGGUCUAGCAUGUGAACAUAAAUGGGCGUUGCUAUGCAGCCCUGGAAAAGCCAGCUUUUCAACCAACGCAUUUGUGGUGCCUUGCGAACGGCACAAUUUCGCCACCAACCUGCCACCGGAGAGCAGCGAAAGUCCAUUGAAGUGAUACCAAGCCAUGCUUUGCCUGGAGGCUGGAUAUUAAGCCGUGUGGAAAAUGGGCUGCUUAUCUUCAGAAGCACUUCUGCGGGCGUGGUCAAAAGUCUCUCAACCUCGACGAUAUCAAACUUUCCUAGAGCAAGCCAAACGGAACCGCCCAAUUCGAACCACGUCAGACAGCCUCAACGCCAUCCGCCGUGAUUAGAGGGUUUGGCUGGGUGCCGCAACGUCGACAGUCUUCCAAAGUCGAUUUUUAUUGAUUUGACUUUGCGCUGGCCCCUAACAUCAAAGCAUGCCGCAGAUUUUGUGAACUACCCUGCCCAACGGAAAAGUCGCGGUGGUGAUAGUGAUUGAUCCCGGCUGGAAGAAUAUCCCAACAAGGCGCCAUGGCGCUGAAGCAUCGGUCGUUGCUGGUGAAACGCCUGAUUCCAGUAGAUGGGGCCAGAUAAGAGCGCUGUUGAUUGGUGCCAGAUGUCAUAGUGCGGCGAAAUAUGAUUCCACCCCUGAAAACGUAAAAUAUAUCAGCCUAGCUGGUCAAAUGGAAUGGGCUGUUUUUGGAAUUGUUUCCCUUACUGUUUCCGUUGGAUUUUGGUCCGGGUGUCUCAACCGCCGUUGGUGCAUUGAUUCAUUUACCAUUGAUCGAAAGUCAGAAUUUUCGAAAGGCUUUCUCUCUUGUUGUUCUAAGGCACUUAAUCUCCGAUUUCCUUCGGGUAGCCAGGAACCCUCUAACAACAGUAACCAGGAUAAAUAGAGCCUCUUAACUGGCAUACAUGAACAGAGCCAUACAUGGCAUGUAUACCACGUUUCCCCUAGCUAGUUUCGUCAGCUCGUUUUCGCACAUUGUUCAGUACUCAAUGAGCAGCGCCCUGUGAAAUAUACCCGGUGCAUUCUUCACAGCGACCGACGGAAAACGUUAUUCUAUCAUCGAUGCGAUCCUCUGGCACCUGGUUGAUCACAUCUGCUUUGCAUAUGGGUACCCCCUAAUGCUAUAUCCAGCUAUGCCGACCAGAUUAGCUUGCAUUGCCGUCGAAUCGGCUGGGCAAACCGAUCCCGCAACCAAGAGGGCAGCAACUUUUACGCCUCUUGGAUAGGUUUGCGAAUUCCUUUUGCGCAUUACUUCCUGGCUGUCACAUUUCAUCAGAAGAGAGUGAUGCACCGGUUGAUCCAUAGCACAUACUCCAAAAAUGGGGGAAAUCUUGGAGGUCAAAAUUGAUCGGACUGAUAUGAGCUGCUGAUCUGAAAGCCUUUCCGAGCCCGCUCAUAGUUUAAAAUUCCCAGUUGUCAACUACCUACCCCCUUGUCAUGCUAAUAUAGGAUCCCCAUCCUAGGACCACUACAAAUAAGGAACCUUUGACAACAGAAUUAACCAUUUUUCAGGUUUUGGCGGCUUGAACACCCUUGUUAGCUCUAGUUAUUUUUCAUGCUGCUGAUUGGAACUUACCACCGGCGCGUCAUUUGUGAAACUUCUGGCGUAGUUCUAUCUGUAGUAGCCAUGGCCAUUGACACCUGAGGCUAGAUUUGUGUGUUAUACGUCUUCAUUAACAUGAUUAGAAUUGGUUUCAUCGAAAACGCGACUUCCGAAUGAAUUUAUGUUCGAAAAAUGACGUCACUACAUAGUUACAAGUCACGUGAACAUGUUGACAGAAGUGUUAUACUUCUUGCUCGAUAUAUCUCACAAUAGUUUUUGCACAUCAGGUCAUAAAGAUAAUGCUAGAAUUACAAAUAUUUGAGCAGGACUCUCUCAUUCACUAUCGAGGGACGCGCUGCCGUUCUUUUCGCCAUUUACGGGACUUCCCCUACCAAUCGUAAAGCCCUAAUAUUCCCCCAGCAAAGGGCUGGCGGUCCCGCCAUUCAGGGGGGUCGUGUGCGGCCCGUUCGUUUGCCUCCCGUUCAUAAUUCUAUAUUGUACCAGCGGGUGAAUAUAAAGCGUAUCUAGCAUGGAUUCGGCCCCGCGGGAGAUUCCAGGGUACUACUAUGACGCUGAGAAGAAGAAGUAUUUCAAAGUCCAGGCAAAUCACGCUGCACCAUCCGGAUCGAAGUACACAAGGGAUGACAUUAAAAAAAGAAAGGAGACAUCUUUGAAGCGAAAGAGGAUAGAAGAGCACUCUCAGCGCAUAUCGACGGAGACUAUCAAGAGGUCAAACCUGUUACAGUGUCCUCUCGGUGGCAAAUUGCUGCAGCGGGAGUAUGGCACGCUACCCUCCUCGAGGAGCUUUGUUUCCGAACACCGAGCCGUCGCAUGUGCAAGGCUGCUUUCUAGGAAUCGAUUGGUCGAUGUAACUAGCUAUGAUGCUAGAUUUCCCGUGUCGAGGUUCGCCAGGGACCCUUGGAGUGGAAACCUCUUAGUUGCGAUCAAUACGGCAUCGAAUUACAACCUUCUGUCUUAUCUUCCUAAGAAACAAAGUCGGCCCUGGCAGUACAGAUUGCAUCAGAGGCAGUGUAACUGUGCAAUGGUGGGAUAUGACUGGGUCACUUCGCUCUCAAUUGGUCCAACCGGCUGGCUUCUUGUUUCGUCAAGCAAUCCAAGCGGUGAAAGCGUUCAUAUUUCAACUUCUAGACUCACAAACCCGUUGGAUGGCCGGUCCGCGACUCAAUACGUCGUUGAUACCACAACCACGUUUUGCUACCCCGGUACUAUGGUAUGGUGUUCCGCCCCGUGCCCAAGUGCAACAGAGAGCAUAUUUGUAGUUGGAAAAUCAAGUAAUCUGUUAUUUAUCACCGGGAUUGAUUCACACUGGAACACGCAAACCGUCAGGAUGCCGAAUACUGCUGAUAUCAUGGCUGUUGAGUGGCUGACCCCUCGAGUGGUAAUGGCCGGGAUGACCAACUCCCUGGUGCAAUUCUAUGAUUUACGUAGCCAGGAUACCGCGACGAGACUCCAACAUCCACACGGUGUAUAUAAAAUUCGGAAGGUAGAUGAAUGGCGGAUUGUGGUGGCAGGGGCGAAGAAGAAUCUACAUAUGUACGAUCUCCGCUAUGGCCCCAGCGGCAUUACAACACGUCCCCAACCCAACAAACCCAGUCACAUCUCGACAGAACCCUACCUCACGUUCCACGGCUAUGAAAACGACCAUUUAUCGCACGAUGAGCUAGACAUCAGUCCCGAAACUGGUCUUCUCGCCUGUAGCUCCCCUUCCAACAAGAUCCAGCUCUUCUCCCUCAACACUGGUAAACUUAUCAUGCCUCCACCCCUCAUCCCCUCUCUUCCCUCUUCCUUCCCAUCCGCCCACAUCCAACCACAAGCACGCCAGCGCAGGGCUGCCGAAGUUUCCAAUCCCAAUCGUAGAGACGUACCUAUUACCCACUAUCGAUAUCCAGACAAGAUUACCUGUCUACGUUUCGAGAAUCUAACGGAGGUGCCAACGGCAAAUGGCGCAGGAAAUACGGGGAAGCCGAGUUUGCUAGUUAGCGCAGGACCUAUAGUUGAGGAGUGGCGGAUGUGAAAACGAUUUUGAUACGAACUUGGCUUGACAAAAAAAAAGGCAUGAAUACGCCUAGCGAGAUGAUGGAAUUUAUUUUCCUCGUUCUUUUCUCAAUCGUUUUAGUGGAGGUCAACUGGGGAAAGCAUUCGAUAUAUGUACGAUUUUGACUUUUUGCAAUUUUAUAUUUGGAAGGUGUUUUGUGGCGAAUUCAAAGGGAUUAGGGAUGGAACUAAUAAAAACGGGGAUAUUGGGGUUUACGAGUCCAGGAUUCUUUGAAAUAUUCUUAUUCUGUGUCUUUGGGUGGUCAUUAUGGUCAUCUUCAUCAGCAUGCAUACAAAACCAAGUUUGCAAUGGGUUGGUUUGGAGGGGAGAGUGUGGGCCAGGCGUGUUAGUUUUUUGUAAAUAUGCUGUGAAAAAUCAUUGCACUGGUUGUGUUUCUGCUGACCCUGGAGGAAUACAGAGGACUCCAACGCACAUGAAGAAGUCAGAUCUGGGAACAAGAUGGAAAUUUCCUACUGCCUCCUAGGAGGAGGGAACGCAAAAUCUAAGCCGCCAGACUACGCCUUGGAUUAUAUACAUAUCGUGUUACAUCUUAAUCUAACCAUAAAACAUAAAACCCAUGCACAUACAAUUAUUCUACACCUACAUUCCCCUCUCCUCCGGAAACUCGUCCGCAAGCUUCAACCGCGCAACGACAUUCAUGCUAAAAAGCUCUUGCACCAACAACUUCGCCGCGUAUGGGAUAACCAUCUUCACAACCCCGCGCGACGUCUUACACCGCUGACACCACCCCAAAUACCCCAUAAACCCACAACUCUCACAGACAUCUACCUCAUGCCGAUCAGACGAAAUCAUCAACCGCUCCAACAGUAACUGGCUAGUUCCAUAUGCAAUCAGACAAUCACGCUCCAUCUCGCCCAGCCGCAGGCCACCAUCCCGCGACCUUCCCUCCGUCGGCUGUCGCGUUAAGAUUGCCCGCGGCCCACGCGCCCGCGAAUGCAUCUUAUCUUGUACCAUAUGCUUCAGCUUCUGGUAGUAGAUGGGUCCCAUGAAGACAUACGCCGGGAGCGGUUCGCCCGUGAUGCCGGAGGUGAGGUAAUCCUUGCCACCAUACGAGAAGCCAUGGUCGACAAGGAUAGCGGACAUUUCCUCCACGGGACUGCCGCCGAAGGCAGUCCCAUAGCCGAACUGGCCGGAGAGAAUGCCCGCUUUGCCCGCGAUGAGCUCGAGCAUUUUGCCCACUGUCAUACGUGACGGAAAACCGUGCGGGUUCAUGAUAAUGUCCGGGACGAUUCCGAGGUCGCUGAAGGGCAUAUCUGCGUAUUCGGCGAUGAUGCCGACGACGCCCUUUUGGCCGUGGCGGGAGGAGAAUUUGUCACCGACUUCCGGCACACGGGUUUGGCGCGUCUGGACUUUGAUGAGCUGAUUUUCGGCCUCGGUGGCGGAGAUCAUGACCUUGUCGAUAUAGCUGGGGUCGGGGAGUUUGUACGUUUGUGGGGAAGGGAUGUAGGCGAUGGGCCUGCCGGCGUCUGAACCUGUGAUGCCAGACGAUAGCGCGUUUUCCGGUGUGACUUUGUUGAUAUACACUUCACCCUGGUUUACCUUUUCGCCGACGGCGGCAAGGCCGUCGCUGUCGAGGAGGGCGUGCUUGCGGAUUGGCAGGCCGUUUUCGCGGUCAGGGCCUUUAAGUUUAUCCUUUGUGCCGUUGGAGUAGCUUUUGAGGUUUGUGGAGUAUUUGCGGAAGACCUGACAGCGGCCGAAGCCGCGGUCUACGGAGCUCUUAUUUAGGACGAGAGCGUCCUCAAUAUCGUAGCCGGAAUAACUCAUGACAGCAACGGUUGCGCUUUGGCCGGCGGGGAGCUUGUCGUAUUUGAUCAGCUCGAUCGUUCGGGUUUUCACCAUGGGCUUUUGCGGGUAGACCAUGGUGUAGAGGAGGGAGUCGAUGCGAAGGAAUUGGUUAUUGGCAAUAGCGCCUAUGGCUUGUUUACCCAUAGCGCAUUGGUAUGUGUUUCGGGGAGAUUGGUUAUGAUGUGGAUAAGGGAUGAGGCCGGCCACAGCGCCGAGAAUGGUAAACGGUUCGAUUUCCAAAUGCGUCGUGCUAUCAGUAAUGUCCUCCUCAUAUACGGCGAUAUAAGAGUCGUUUUCCUCAUUGCAAUCCAGAUACUCUACUAGGCCAUGAGCCAAGAAGUCGUCAAAUUCCAUUGACCCGCUCCUGAGCGCCCAGAGAUGGCUCUUGGUUACUUUGGAUUUCCCGUCUUCAACAACGAUCAGUGGGCGACAUAUACGCCCAUCGUCCGUAGCAAUGUGCACGGCGUUCUGAUGAUGAUUGAUGAAGACACUGAUGAAUUCUGAAACCCUCCCCGUCCGCCGCAGCCGACGGAAGGAAUUUAAGAAAAACUUCGGCCGCCGCGUUAGGGCGAUAGGAGAUCCGUUUAAGAAGAUAAUGUAAGCACCCUGGCCAUGCAACUCGCGGCCGCCGACAGUCUGCACGUCUUCCGCGCCAAGGGCGAAUAUGAGUUUUCUCACAGGCUCCUCCUCGUCGUUGGUAGUGAUAUGCGUCAUGAGCGCCAGGUUUUUUACAAGACCACAAGCCUCACCUUCCGGAGUAUCGGACGGACAAAGCAUGCCAAACUGGGAUGGUUGCAGGGCUCGAGGUCCCGAGACUUUGCGGGUCUUCUCAAACUGACUUGAAAUACGGGUCAUCAUGCCCAGAGCGGCGAUGUAGCUCAAUCGGCUCAAUACAUGAGUAACACCCGCCCGCUCCAUGCGGAAACGCUUCAGGCUCCAAUUACCGGUUGAGAUGGCCCGGUUCAUACCCUGGGUGAUGUGAUUUCCAUGAAUGGCGACGACCCCAUAUGCAUCGAAUUGUUCCGUCCGUACAGGCUUCUUCAGCACCUUAUCAAUAUUCAUUUUAAUGUCAAAUUGAAACUUCUUAAACAGAUCCUCAAAUAGCAAUGCCAGGAGCUGGCCAGCGAGUUCCAGUCGCUUGUUCCCCACAUAAUCCCGAUCAUCUACUAGACUGGGGUCAUGCUUCGCCAUCAAAACACGCCGAGCCAUAUGUGCAACGUACAGCGCCUUGGGCCGGAAGUUCAAGUUUUCCACGACGACAUGAGAGAUGAUAACAGAGGAAAUUGCUUCGAUGGCUUCCUGCACAUGGUUUCGUCGGGUAAUGCCAAAGCUGUUCGGUUUCCGGUUGAUUUUGAUUCUGCUACCGAUAUAUUCCAGCGCCUGAUGUUGAGUGUAUAUCCCGAGUUUCACGGCCUCCUCGAAGUUAAUGGAAAAGUCUUCUUGGUAGGUGCUAUCUAUGCCGGCAACAAGAAGCAACAUUUCCUUGUCGGACUGGAUUCCCAUGGCCUUGAGAAGGAUGACGAUUGGAACAUCUUCAUUAAGAACGUUAUGUCUCAUGUAUAUCCGGUCCUUUUUCAUGAUGAUAUAACUCUUCGACUUUCGUUCGUUCGAGGAACUGUCACACGACCGUUAGCGAAAUAAGUCCCGUAUACAAUUAGGAUAUUAUAAAAUGAUUAAUAUAUCCAAAGAAUAGUACACACCUAGUAACCGAAGCCUGAACAAUCUCCUUUUUCAAAUCCGUCUCCACAAUAACCCGAUUCUUACUCAACUGCUCUUGUACCAAAAUAACCUUCUCCGUCCCAUUAACGAUGAAAUACCCACCAGGAUCAAGCGGGCACUCAUGCAACAGCUGCAUCUCCGCCUCUGAUUUAUUCGACAACACACACUUGGAGCUCCGCAGCAUAACAGGCAUGCGACCAAUCGCGGUCCCGUUCCGCUUGACUCGUUGUCUACCACGGACAUAUUCAAAAUCGACCAGGAUCGGGGCCGCAUAGGUCAUAUCACGCAGCCGGCAUUCGUUUGGUGUGAUAGUAGAUGCUACAUCGAAUUUGGAGUCUUGUUCUUCAUCUGCCCGCCGGGGAUUGCCCAGGUAGAUAUCGUGGAACCUAAAUCAAGCAGGCCAAAUUGUUUAGGAGGCGUUUCUCAAAACGUAAUACAUCGCAGAAAAAUUGAGAAUAAAUAAGAAAGAAUAAGUACCUGAUAUAAAAAUUCGGGUCAACAUCGCUACGAAUCUCCGCGCUUGCCUGCACGAUCUUCUUCAAUUGAACCUCGACGAAGUAAUUAUAGGAAUCGAUAUGCUGUUUGACUAAGCCCUUCACUUUGAGGAAAGCGGGCAGUAAAUUCCAUUUAUCUUCGGCAGUGUUAAUUGGGUCUGUGAGGGAUUUGCUGUAGUAAAAUGGUUUGAGGAGCGCGUCGAAAUCCUACAUUUCAGCGUUAGCCAAUCUACAUGCAAUAUACUAGCUUCCACCCACCAGGAAAACAAAAAGAACAUGAAAAUAAGAUAACAUACGUCACCUCCUCUCUUCCCCUUUUUAUGAUGUGAAUGCCCAUGCGUAUGCAAUUCCGCUUGGGCAUGGGCGGCGAUGGUCGCGGGAGCGGGACCAAGGGCGGAAGGGGUCUUUAUGGCCGGAGCUGUUUGCGCCGCACGCUUCCGUUUCAUAGGACUUCCGGGCAUAACUGGGAGGGGUAGAGAGUCCACUUCCUAUAUACAUGAAUUUGUCAGGCUUAUAUGGCUGUAGGGUUGAAGAUGAGUUAUAACAGAGCUGCGUGUGGACUGAAAACCAAAAAUAUGCCUUUUCACGUACCUUGGAGGGGUCGUCUGGCGGAGCUGCCUUUCUUCGGGGAGGCAUUACCCUCUUUCAAGCAGCCUUUGGGAAUUAGGCAAGCUCCGAAAGGAAGUGAGAUAUGUUCCUAGAAGAACUUAGACAAGGAAAUUAGAUCAUAAAUCGGGAGCGCUCAU